AUUAGAAUAUGGAUAUUGUUCAUAUUUAUUAAUAAAAGUUUCCGAAAUAGAUUGUUGUCUAUGUGAUAGGACAUUUAAUAAUUAACUUAAUAGAUUUCCCUCUGUUGAGCUCUAAAAUUGAUUUUGAUUACCAACAUCUCCUUCAGUUCUGUGGUCAGUCUGUCCUCCUCUAGUUCUUGUCGCUCCACCCAGCUACUGACGAUGUAUGUGGGAAUUUUAAUGUAAUUGUUUAUUCUUAGCUCUAACAAAUGUCUUAAUAAUUAAUGAAAAUAUGAAUAACAAGACUCAUGAAUUUGAACAAAUUGUCCCUCUCUUCCUGAAUUCCAAAAUAAUCCCCUUAAGAUCCAGAUAUCCAAUCUUCAGAUUUCAUUUCAAUGAUGUUCGCAAAUUAGAGACUAAAUCAUAAGCGUUAAUAUAUAUUAUAUCCACACUAACUAGACAACAAAUGGCCCUCAGCCAUUGUAUUUUUACAAUGAGAAAAUGCUAUUUAAAUUUUUAAGAUGCGAGAGAUUACUUUAAGAAUUAAAGAUUUCAAGUAAGCAUCUAAAAUCUCAUAAGGUUGUGUAUCAAUCACCAAAAUUACUUCACUUUACACAUGAAUUUGAUUAUAUUUAAAAAAUUGAAUCCAAUAUUUUCAGAUUAAAAUUUUGCUUCCUUAUUGAGAAUUAGACCUAUAUUAAAUAUUAGUGAGUUGAGAUUAUAAUAUUGGUCUAUUAAAAAAUAACUUUAGUUUUAAGUUCUUAGAUAUUCUAUUUUUCUGAUAUAACUGUUAGGGGUGUAUUAAUGUAUAAUGAAAUAUCAAGUCUUUAUCAAAUACUUAUUAUCAAAAUAUACUUUAAAUAACAAAGUCAUCAACCAAUAGACUAGAACUCAGAAUUCCGCGUCUAUUGGCAGUUUCUUAAACUCUUAACUACUUGAUGAGAUUUCAUAUAACCAUUUUAAAAUCCUUUAUAGACAAAAUUAGUAUAGUAGGAAAAACAUUAAUUGA